GAAAAAAAGUACCCAGAGAGAAAGUAAAGAGCAAGAGUAGUUGCACGAGAACCAAGCUGUCGAGUCCCCAAGUGAUAUAUGCUAAGUUCACUCAUACUCGCUAGCUACUCAGAAAUGUCGAAGUAAAUAUUUCGUCCUGAUAUCUCACCCAGCUCUUAAGUCUUGGAUUGUUGAGAGAGCCAUGAGAAAUUCCCAUCUCUUUCUCAUUUUCAUAGCACUUGUUGUUACUUUUACACUCCAAUUUGAAGCUCAUGCCGCUCCUGCGGGGCCAUUGAUCAAACACGUGUCAUCUAUACUCAAAUGGACCAGGUCAUCCACCAAAACACCCCAAUCAGAUGGGAAUGUUCUUCAGUUUGAGAAUGGGUACUUAGUUGAGACUGUUGUGGAAGGAAAUGAGAUUGGAGUGGUUCCUUACAGAAUCCGCAUCUCUGAGGAUGGUGAACUCUUUGCCAUUGAUGAAGUUAAUAGCAAAGUUGUUAGGAUUACUCCUCCAUUGUCUCAAUAUAGUAGGGGAAGACUGGUUGCUGGGUCUUUUCAAGGUUACACAGGGCAUGUGGACGGAAAACCUAGUGAGGCUCGUUUUAAUCACCCCAAAGGCAUAACCAUGGACGAUAAAGGCAACGUGUAUGUUGCUGACACCCUGAACCUUGCCAUCAGGAAGAUUGGGGAUGCUGGUGUGACAACCAUUGCUGGGGGUAAAUCAAAUGUUGCAGGGUACAGGGAUGGCCCAAGCGAGGAUGCAAAGUUCUCUAAUGAUUUUGAUGUGGUAUAUGUUAGGCCUACCUGUUCCUUGUUAGUUGUUGAUAGAGGAAAUGCUGCUCUUCGGCAAAUCUCUCUCAACCAGGAGGAUUGUGAUUAUCAGGACAGUUCAAUUUCUGCCACAGAUGUGCUUAUGGUUGUUGGUGCUGUCUUGGUGGGAUAUGCUACAUGUAUGCUUCAGCAGGGAAUUGGACCUACUUUUUCCUCGAGGACGCAGCAACUUCCAGACAGUGAAUUUAAGGAUCAUUCAGGCAAAAAAAAGCCCACUCCCAUCAUAGAUAGUGGAAAAGAGGAACCGGGAUGGCCGUCUUUUGGACAACUCAUCAUCGAUCUGUCCAAGCUUGCACUUGAAGCAAUGGCUGGCAUGCUCCUUUACUUUGUACCCACUCGUUUCAGAAUGGAUAGCCGCAGGAAUGGCCUCACUCCUUUAAAAGAUUCCCUCCGGAUGCCCGAGGUUGAAGCUGAGCCUGCAUUUGUUCAGAGACAGACAACUACUGCUCCUCUUUCUGAAACUCGGCUGGCUCAUGCUCCUAAUAAAAGUGAUAGAUACUCGGAAAUGAAGCCCCCAAAGAUCAAAUCAGCCAGCUUUAAGGACCCCUCGCAGUCAAGCAAGUACCGGUCUUCAAAGCGACCAGAGUAUUCAGACUUCUAUGGAUCGGGUGAGGUUCCUCCUUAUAGCAAGUCUAAGAGCCAGAAAGAUAGGACAAGGCAUCGCCAGCGAGAUAAAAAUGAAGCGGCUUUUGAGGCGGUAGGACCAGAGCCAAAGCCCAUUGAGACGAAGGCAGCGCAUUAUGACAUUCCCAAGUAUGAACCUUAUAAUAUCAGGAGUAAGUAUGGGUCAGAUGAUUCCUUCCGAUUUUGAUCAAACCGUAGUUCUCUAACUUGGCUUCCCUAUCAAACUUCCCCACCUAUUUUGUACCCAUAUGUUUGUUUUAGAGGUAGUCUGCAAUUGAAUCGAUGCUGUAACCAAGGAUAUGUGUUUUAGAGAUCAAUAGAGAUGAAGGUUAAGCUCGCAGAAAUUCUUGGUCAGGGUGCUUCAAAUCAAAAUUGGAUUCGGAUUUUCAGCAAUUUACUGUCUGGAUUGUUAGCAAUAUGUGCAGUAAAUAUAAAAGAGCCUUUAUGGGGCAUAUCUGUUCGA